AUGUCAGAUGACGGGUAUUUUGAUGAAAUACGAAAAAGAUUUUUACCAAGUCUGAAAGAUCAUGAAAAAGAACAACUUGAUAUAGACAAAUCUCCAAAAGCCACUACUUUGGAAAAUAUUAACAAUAAAUCUAGGCAAAUUUUUUUAAAGAAAUUUGGAAGGGGAAAAAAUCUCAUUAGGACCAGACCUUCACGAAUUCCUAGACUUUGCCAAUCAACAAAUAUGCAAUCCAUCACAACAAAAAAUGUUAUCUCUAAAUUACAGGAAAUGGGAAGAUUAAUUGGGUUGAAACGAAAACAUAUGGAAACUAAUGUUGUUGUUAAAUCAUCCACGAGAAUUUAUAUUAAUCAAGAAGAAAAAAGAAGGCGUGAAAGAAAAGAGCUCUUGAAACGAAAGCAAGCAGCAAGGAAUGGUUAG